CUAAUAAGUAACUUAAAGCAAGCAAAGCAGAUAGGCUGUUGAUUUGGCUGACAAAACAAAUGCCUAGCCUGUUUUUAGAAGGAGCAAACCGUCUAUGAUGGCACGUUUAUUUUUGCUCUGUAUACUUCAUCUUUUCGUCUGCAUCACUGUCCAGGAAAGUGUAUACUUAAUCACUGCACCUAAACUGCUGCGACUCGAUGCUUCGGAAAAGGUGGUGGUGCAGUUGUUUGGUUAUGACAAGGAAAUGACAGUAGAUCUUCACCUAAAGAACACACUAGCACCAAGUUAUAAACAAUAUGCAUCUCAGUCCCUGAAGCUCAACGCUGCGAAUAACUAUCAAGCUUCAGCUACUUUACGGAUAAUGGCUACAGAUUUCCCUAAAGAGGACAAUUAUGUCUACCUUCAGGCGGUUUCCUCUGCUUUCACUGCACAUGAAAAAAUCCCAGUCACUACUGUUAACGGGUUUCUCUUUAUCCAGACUGACAAGCCGCUAUAUACACCCGAACAAGAGGUGCAAGUGCGUGUUUACUCCCUCAACGAGGAGCUGAGGAAAUCUAGACGAACCGUCACCCUUACAUUCGUGACCCCUACUGGUAUCAAAGUAGAGAUGAUUAAUAUGACAGACAUCAAUGGAGCAAAACCACUUCUUCCACCUUUCAAAAUACCUUUAAAGCCAAUUUACGGAAUCUGGAAGAUUUUGGCCACCUGUGCAGACACUUUUGAAACCACUGCCACUACUGAGUUUGAGGUCAAAGAAUAUGUGCUGCCUAGUAUUUCACUCCACAUUCAGCCCGAGGCCAACUACGUCAGUGAGAAAAACUUUGAAUCUUUCCAAUUGAAGAUUUCAGCCAAGUAUGUUCAUGGAACGCCAGUUAGUUCAGCAGAUAUUUUCGUGACGUUCGGAUACAGUUCUCCAGAUGAAACUGUCAUGAUACCAGCAACCUUUUCAAGAUACUUGCUGAGAAAUGGAAUGGAAGAAGUCAACUUAAACAUUAAGUCAGCUUUGUCAACCAUGCCAGAUGGGCCUCAAAGUCUAAGUGCCAUGAAAGAAAACAGCUUUCUUCGAGUGAGAGUUUUUUUACAAGAAUCAACUGGUGGUAUCUCCCAGGAAGCAGUGCUCUCAAAUGUGAAAUUUGUGGAAACUCCAUUUACACUGAAUCUGAUCGCAACCCCUCCUUUUAUCAAACCGGGUCUACCAUACUCUAUGAGAGUCUUGGUGAAGGAUCCUUUGGGUCAACCAGUGCAAGGUGUGUCAGUCAUGACCAGGGCAACAAUAACCACAGCUGACAAUCAACAUGACACCCUGCAAUUCUUAGGGCACAAGGAUACAUUGACAGUGACAAGUCGGAGGGAUGGAAUUGCUUACUUCACCUGUAAUAUACCAGCUAAUGUGAAACAAGCUGAAUUCACUUUUGAGACAGAAGAUCCUUCUUGGAGUCAGGAUCCACUUAAACUAAAGGCGGAAUCAUAUGUGUCUAUCAACCAUCGUUACCUGUACAUCAGUUUGCCUGAAUCCUCAGUAUUUGAAGUCGGACAGUACAUUUCCAUCAGUGUUUUCUUUGAUUUUCGUGACUUCCUUUCUCUGAAGACCUUCAGCUACCAGAUCAUUUCCAGAGGAAAAGUUGUGCAGUUUGACACAGUUAAGUGGGACGGUGUAAAGAAUCAGAACCUCAACAUUAAGAUCACCCCUGACAUGGUGCCGUCUGCUCGGCUAGUAGUGUACUACGUCCUGUAUGGGGAGGAAAAAGCAGAGCUGGUGGCAGACUCCACGUGGAUUGAUGUGAAGGCUAAAUGUGUUAACAAUUUAAACGUAGACAUAUCAACUCCCAACUCACAGCAUGUCUACAAACCCAAAGAUGAACUCAAAUUAAGAGUGUCAACUAAAAGCAGAGAAGAGUCACUGGUGGCCUUUUCUGCUGUUGAUACGGCCCUGUACAACCUAAAAUCUAAUGACAAGGACCCUCUAAAAAAGGUGCUACAACAUGUGGAGCGAAGUGAUUUGGGUUGUGGAAGAGGAGGAGGCAAAAAUAAUGCUGAUGUGUUUGACCGUGUCGGCCUUAUGUUCAUCACCAAUGCAAAUGCCAAAACCUCUAGCACAGAGGGGGUUUGCUCCGACUUGGUUAGGCCGAAGCGUUCAGUUGACCUGGCACAAAAGUUUGAACAAAUGGCCAAAUCCUUUGGGUUGUACCAGCAUUGCUGCACCUCUGGGACAGAGAGUAGCCCGAUGCUUGAAACCUGUAAACAUCGUUCAGAGAGAUUGUCUUUUCCUCCAAAUUUUGAUAUUAGUCAGAAGAAGCGGUGUGCGUAUGCUUUCUUGAAAUGUUGUGUCCAAGCUAUGAAGCUCCGUCAAGAGAAUGACAAUAGAAUCAUACUAAGUCGCACAGCGAUCGACUUUCUGCUGGAUGCGAUGCAACCUCAGAUUAGGAGCUACUUCCCUGAGAGCUGGUUAUGGGAGGAACACACCAGCAAGUCUGGCUCAGUAAGCAUUACCAAAAUUAUUCCAGACUCACUGACUAUAUGGGAGCUGAAAGCAGUUGGAGUAUUCAGUGAGGGGAUCUGUGUGUCAGAGGAAAAGAUUCAGGUGUCCCAGGACAUUAGUGUGGAUGUACCCUUGCCUUAUUCCAUGGUUCGUGGAGAGCAGAUUGAGCUCAGGGGUUCAGUCUACAAUCAGCAUUUGUCAAAAACUGAGUUCAGGGUGACCCUGACAGCAACAGACGGAGUGUGUGUGUUUCGUGGAGCUCAACAGGGAAAAGAUGGAAAGCCACAUGAAAACAAGGGGAAAAUAGGAGGUCGUUCCGUGGCCUUGGUCACAUUCUACAUCAUGGCCUUGGAAGCGGGCACUCAUACACUCACUUUCACUUUAACAACUAAAUGGGGCACUGAGAGUGUGGUCAAGAAAUUGAAAGUGGUGCCAGAAGGAAUUAGAAAGGAAAUACAAAUUGGUGGAAGAAUAGAUCCAAAUGGAGUCUUUGGCACAUCCAUGCGGAAGCUUGAGUUUAAAAAUGUAAUUCCUCCAAACAUUGUUCCCAAAUCAACUGUGGAUCGUAUUCUAACGGUUAAUGGUGAAGUACUGGGAGCGCUUCUAUCAAUAAUAAAUAACCCAGAAGGUUUAAAACAGUUGACUAACCUGCCACGGGGAAAUGCAGAGAUGGAGCUCAUGGGUCUCCUGCCAAUCUACUAUGUCUACAACUACCUAGAAAAAACAGAGAAAUGGGGCAUUCUGGGGAAAGAGGCUGCGGCGAGUGAAAAGGAAUUAAAGAGGAAGAUGCAAGCUGGCAUCACCAGCAUCAUGUCAUUUAAGCUGAAGCAUGAACCUGCCUUUAGCAUGUGGUCGAAGAAGGACAAAUCAGCCAGCACCUGGGUAACAGCUCUCAUAGUCAAGACUCUUGCUGACAUGCAUGAAUACAUCUCUUUGGAGUCUGAAGUGCUGACCAACACCAUCAACUGGCUGAUUAAAAAUUGUCAGAAUGAUGAUGGCUCCUUCUCUGAGAAAUCACAAACUAAUCCACUUAAACUCAUGGGUGCCGGAGCAGAUGUCACUGAAAAGACCGUUUUCCUCACAUCUUUUGUCAUGAUUGGAAUUAAAAAUGCCAUGAAGGUCCCAAAUGUUAACUUGGAGGUCUUUAAAAUUGCUAUAGAUCGUGCCGUGCAGUAUAUCACCUCUAACUCAAAGAAGAUUAAAAGUUUAUAUGCUAGAGCCAUUGCAUCUUAUGCUCUGACACUGGCAGACAUCCAUAGUAUGUCUGCAGUCGAAGUUUAUGAAAUACUCAAAAAACAGGCUCAGGUUGAUGGGAACCCAGCCACAGUUCGUUUCUGGCAGGAGUACAAACUCGGCAAGGAUUCAUUAAAACCCAGUGAUGCGACAGCAAAGACCGUGGAAACAACCGUUUAUGUCCUUCUUAACACUUUAGUCAGAGGUGAUACCACCUAUGCAAAACCCAUUCUGAACUGGUUAACACAAGACCAGAGAUACGGAGGGGGAGUCCAUUCAACACAGGACAGCAUUCUUACUUUGGAGGCACUUACCAAGUACAGUAUCUUAGCCAGUCAAGCCACCUUAAACAUGGUGGUUGACAUUGAAUACAAGACUAAAGGUGACAUCAGAAGAAUCACACUAACUCAGCAGAAUCCUGUGCAUAAACCAAUUGAGGUGACCAAAAAUGAUGAUAUAAUCAUCAAAACUGCAAUGAGCUCUGGUGUGUCAUUUGCCAGUCUGAGAACAGUGUUCUAUGAGAUGACAGAAAACAAUGAAAAUUGCUAUUUUGAUAUGUCAAUUGACAUUCAUGAAGGUGUCCCAAAUUCAGAUGAUCCUAUGCUUAGGUCACAGCGGAUUGUAGCCUGUGCAAAAUACAAGCCACCUGAAAAUGAAUUUGAAACGGAGUCAGGAAUCACUGUGAUGGAAAUUCAUUUGCCGACCGGUGUGACCGCAGUCCAGGAAGAUCUAGAUAGGUACCUGAAUGGACUUGAGUCUCGGAUUUCCAACUAUGAAAUCAAUGGUGACCAAGUCAUCCUUCAGAUAGAUUCGAUACCAUCAGAGGAGUUAUACUGUGUGGGUUUCCGUAUUCAAGAGGAAUUUGAAACUGGCAUGACCAGAGCCUCUGUAUUCCAAGUUUAUCAAUUUAGUAAUCCAGAACAUAAGUGUAUGAAGUUCUACCACAAACAAAGCCGCAAACUGUUACGACUCUGUGAGGGAGACCAAUGUCAGUGCAUGGCAGCUGAAUGCUGCAACUUUAAAUCCACCAUUGAUCCCAAAAUCACGGCUGUACAGCGUAAAAAUGACAUGUGCAAAGAAAGCAUGAAUUAUGCAUUUAAAGUGUUAAUUGAAUCAUCUGAGGCAGGAGGAGAUUUCGUGACCUACAAAGCGAAAGUUAAAGCAGUGCUCAUGAAAGGACAAACAGACGACCUAAAAACAGAUUCAGAGAUAGAUUUAGUGAAGAAGGCGACUUGCAGUUCAACAAAUUUCGAAGUUGGCAAGCAGUAUCUGAUCAUGACUGCUGAGAGUAUUAAGAUACGAAUGAAUCGUGGUUAUAAGUAUAAAUUUCCUUUGGACUCACGUGCUUGGGUGGACUGGUGGCCACUUGACACUGACUGCAGAGAUGAUGCCUGCAUACAAUACGCCAAUGUUUUGGGGGAAUUUGAAUCUGAUUUUGUAUUAUUUGGCUGUGAAGAUUAAGUGAUAAAAUGUCAAUAGAAGAACUAAUUUGUAUGCCUAUUCUUCUAUUAUAUAGCAACAAAAUCUGAAAAAAAGAAAAAAAUGAACAAGAUUUGAGAUUUCAAGAAUAAGCAGAAACUUUUAAAUAAAAACAUUUUUUAAAAGUA